AUGGCUUAUCGUGUCGUGUUAGGAUUUACAUCGAUCUUGGUCAUGAAAGACUGGAGAUGGCUUCCAAACGACGCAGCGCCUGACCGGAAAGCGUCGAAGAGGCUUACUUCUGCCGGCCCGCCCGGUGUCUGUAGUGCAUACAUGACAUCCUCGGUAGCUCUGUGGUCUCACAACUGGGUCGUCUCAAAAGUUGAGAGAUACGGCAUGGCCACGAUAGUACUUUCUGGAGCAGUCGCUGAAUUGAACGUGACAGUGGUAUUUCUAUAUUCGACAAUGAUAUAUACUGCUGGCAACUUCAGCAUCCUCGCUGUGCCCAAAUUGAAGCUAAGAGACGAGCUCUUUCGAAGGCCCUCGAGUUAUCGGAUCCAGUGGUAUACGGCAUGA